AUGUCGGUAAACCGUGGAAUUACAGAAAUAUCACCGGCAUCGACAUCAACAGAAACCACCACAAAUACCAAUUCCAAUUCCAAUUAUCUGCCACCUAUUUCAUCCUCAUCCUAUGAAAUUUCAACGUCGUUUCUCGAUCCAAACAAACUUUCAUUUCUCGAGAAUGAUAGAGAAGAUUAUCUUGAACAGUUAAAAGAGCAAGCUGAAUCCGAUAAGCUACAACAGAAUCCUGGUUCGAACCGACAAGACAUAUCAUCGUUUGACUCUAAUGCCGUUUCAAGUUAUUUAUCGGCCACUACUCGCAGUACUAUCUCGAAUGAUCAAACACCACUUUCACAACCUUCGUAUGCUCAGCAACUUCAAUCCAAAGCAAUCAAUAAUUCGUCAUUUAUUCGGGACGGAUCUCAACAUAAUGCAAUUCUCAACAAUGACAAAAUUAAAAGUGAAAACAUUAUUAAUAAUAUUACUAAUAAUACUAAUAAUAAUGUUACUAAAAAUAAUGCUGGAAAUGAUAACACAACAGCUGCAGCAGCGGCAAAUGCACAAUUUGCUUCCGAUAUCAAAAUACUUCAAUCCUCUCUGAAACAAUUUACGAACAUGAAAGCGCAAGACAUAAAAUUUCAUCAACCUCAAGUCAACUCGUUAUUUCUAAAAUACAAAUGUCGUAGCAUACAAGAAAACGGGAUCCCUCCAUUAGUUCUAAGCGGCGCAUUACAACGCUUAAUCAUUGAAACUAUAUUCGAAGAGACCGCCAGAUACAUAAAUCAUGAUACAAAAAAAUCGAGGUUACUGUCAUCCGCUUCUUCCACCUCAAUUUCAAGAGAUAGCAGCCAUCACAGUAAUUUAGAGUCAGAAAUUAUUAAUACCACAAACAAUUUAAUUCUUUUGACGACUCUAUUAUCAGAAAAUCUAGAGAAAACAAUCCAAUCAAAUCCUAAUUCAAAAGCACCGAUCACAAAUCACACAAGUAAUAUGAUUCGAAAUCUCCCAAAUGUCAUACGACAACAAACAGCAUCAGCAUUACGCGAAGCAGCAUUCGCUGAUGAUCAACAUCCGUUCCUGCAAAGUACCUCGAAAAAAGUGUUGGAUAUUUUGAAUGUGUAUCGGGAUCUUAAAACGGAUGCAUCCGUAUUAAGGCAGCAGGCGGUUGAGGUUGUUAAACAAGUUGUGAGGGUGUUGUGGUUUGGGAUCCGGGCACAAGAGAAAGUACCAGAAUUAAUAUUUUUCGAGGCUGGUGAUGAGCUGGAUGUGGAUUUGAUGGAUGGAGAGUUUGAUGAAGAUGAUUUGGAUACUGAUGAGGUUGAAAUUUGUUCUUUUCCGUUGAUUGCAACGGACCCAACAGAUGACGAGAAUCGAAUUGUAAUCGCAAAAGCGAUAAUCAAAAAACGACCAGUAAAAACAAAUCGAGGUGUUAGUAGACAUUCUGCUGCCUCUGAAAGUUAUACAUCUUCAAUGGGAAUUCAGAAUGAGUAUUCCUUCAACGAUGCUUAG